AUGUCGGAUUUUUUCGAUGCAGGUGGUCUUCACAACGACAAGAACCUCAUCAAUCCAACCAUACAUCAAUCAUCCAUACGCUUCCCUUCCACUGAUACUGAUCAUUCCGACUCGUCCACCUCUUCCGCACCUUCUGACGAGUCGCAUAUCGUUAUAUCGCGCUCUCGACGAGUCCGUGGGCAGAAUUCCAAUCCGUCAUCUCCCACACCAUUGUCUAUCAAGGCUAGGCACCACCCAAGUCCUCGCACGCACCAAGCGGACAAAAGGGGUGUUCAGCCCCCGGAGCUUAGUGAUGCAUCUGAUGUUGACACGGUGCGCUUGACGCAGGCACCAUUCGACAAUGCUAGUAGCGUAAAGCCCAACCCGUUUAGGGCGCAGGCUCGUCAAUUUUCUUCGGAAAUGCGCUCCAGCUCUCUUCCCCAAUUCAACUCAUCUCACCCCGAUAGUUCGAAUCUAUCCCCCCAGACCCGAUCUAUUCGAAAUAAGUCUGGCCAGCCUAUCAAGCCAUCGCUCAAGCACGCCAAACUUCCCAACCUGUCAAUUCCAACGGGCGGCGCGAUCGUGCAGAGCGAACCCACGACGCCUACCCUUUCGAAGGCGGUACACUUCGACGCCAAACUUGAACAUGUCAAACUGUUUCUCUCAAAGCAAAAACCUCUCGCAGUAUCGCGAGAUCGUGACCUAACCACCGAUACCAGCGGUACGGAGAGUGAUCUACCCUCAAUCAUCCGUGGUCCACCGGAUGGCUUCGCCGAGAAACAGAUUGAGCUUCAGAUUCGCAACAUGCCGUCCAUCCCGCCAAAAGAUGCAGACGUGAUAUUACAAGGACUCACUUUAUCCCAAUGCGAUAAGACCAUCACCGGACAAAUCCGAGUGCGAAAUAUUGCAUUCGAGAAAUGGGUGGCUGCUCGGUUCACUUUGGAUCUGUGGCAGACGACGAGCGAAGUUACCGCUCAUUAUGUGGAGUCCGUGAACGAUGGCACGUUUGACAUUUUUAUGUUCACGAUAAGGUUGCAUGACAUGUGGGCGCGUAUCGAGGAAAAGACGAUGUUUAUUGCCUUGCGCUAUACUACCGCAGGCAUGCAGCUCUGGGACAACAACCACGGUGCCAACUACAUGCUCAAGUUCAUCGGGAAGCUUGUGCCGCGCAAGACACCCGUUAUCGCCCGGUCUCCCAUGGGGGCUUCGGCUUUCAAAGUUGAGUCGGCAAGAGUGGAUAUGGAUCCUUCUCAGGCGUCCCCUUCGCCGCGCUCUUCCGCGGCGUUGACACCAGAAACGCCUCUGUCAGCGAGGUAUCAUUCAGGCUCUGCGCUUAACGUUGCUCAAGAUGGAGACCUUCCUCCCCUAUCUUUCCCACCUAUACGGACCUCUACGUAUCCCACAGAGCUCUCCAGUGCUUGGUCGAAGCAUGCUGCUUAUCGCACCGAUAAGACACUGCCACGUCAUACUCGAUCCGUUACUAUAGCAUCAUCUAGGGAUCUAGAAAAGCACGAGCAAGCGCACAUUGCACAGUCGGAAUCUUUAAACCUCGAUCCCCCCUUGUCACGUGCAGCACGCGAACGCAACCAUCAUCGUGGCUAUCUAGACAGAUCAAUGGGUGGCACAGCGCGUAAAACCCUUCCAGGUCCUGCUCUUUUGAGUCCCUUUGAGGAGCAGACUCCUACUCGCAGUAGUGAUCCGCAAGGACAACCAUCGCUCUUUAGCAGGUUUACUGCUCACAAUAUGGCUCGGAUGAAUAGCGCAAGCUCCACUGCUUCUACGAGCUCCCUAACUACUCCGCUUACGUCUCCGGGGCCCAGUACGCCCUCUUCCGACGACGACAAGCCCUCUCUCAAUGAUAGCUAUAGCCAAUUCCUCAACCGGUUCUGCUUCUUCACUGGUUCUGGCUCGCUGACAGACUAUUCUUCUGAUUCGAUCACCCGUUCGCACUCCGCAUCCAGUGUAGAAGCGUUAUUGUGCUCUUCGCCUCCUCAUGAUUUCUCUUCUUCCUUGCGCGAUCAUGCUUUCAAUGGCCUCCGCACUUGUAGCUUGGAUAGCGUCUCUACUUGUCAGAGUGGCUCGACUACCCCGCACGCGAAUCCAAUGCUCGAUUGCCCCACGCCAGUGGUCCACUGUGAGUAUCCACUCCGAGACACUGGCUAG